AAUUUCAUUAAAACUUUAUAUGUAUCGUUAUACAAAAAAAAUUGUUAAGGAAAGAAAAAAUCUAUCCCCUCUUCUAAUUUAUUUAUUAGUGAGAAUGAGUUGGUUAAUCCAACAAAUUCAGUUCUGAAUUAUCAGUUAGUUGUUUAUUAGAAAACAUCAUAAGCUAUAUCUUUAUAUAGUCUAUGAUAACAGUCAUAAAUAGAAAUGAUAUGUAAUGCGACGUACUUUUGUCGGUACUAUUAAUGUGAUGAUACUUUGUCUAGGAUUAAAAUUAUUAAUAGGUAACUAUAAUUUUAACCAUACAAUUAAUUAUUUGUAAAACAAUGCCAAUUUGCUGAAAAAUAGUAUCAAUCUUUUAUUUUAUAAAUUAUUAUACUUUAUAAACAGUUAAACUUUUUUUAAAUUAAAAAAAUGAGUGUUCCUGUUGCAAUUGGUUCUACCUUUUUUGGUUGUAUGAGUAAUGUUGUAUUUCUAGAACUACUCGUUAAACAAGAUCCUGGAAUUGGAAAUUUAAUAACAUUUUCGCAAUUUUUAUUAAUUGCAAUCCAUGGAUUCAUUUUUACUGCCAAAUUUGGAACUAAGAAACCUAGUAUCAGUAUCAAAGGUUAUUUGGUUUUAGUAGUAAUGUUUUUUGUAACAAAUGUGUUAAACAAUUAUGCAUUUGAUUUGAAUAUUGCCAUGCCACUGCAUAUGAUAUUUCGAGCGGGUUCUUUAAUAGCUAACAUGGUGAUGGGUAUAAUCAUCCUCAAAAAAAGGUACAGUCUUGACAAAUAUAUAUCAGUUAUCAUGAUAACAAUUGGUAUUUCAGUUUGUACUAUUGUGUCUAGUCAAGAUGUAAAAAAAACUGUUAUACGAGGGGUUGAACAGAAUACUUCUGAAUUCGAAGAUUUUUUUUGGUGGUGUUUAGGAAUAACAUGUUUAACUGUUGCAUUGUUCAUUUCUGCUCGAAUGGGUAUUUAUCAAGAAACAUUGUACAAAAAACAUGGGAAACAUCCUCAAGAAGCUUUAUUUUACACUCAUUUACUGCCAUUGCCUUGGUUUCUAUUUCUGUACUCAAAUUUAAAAGAACAUACUAUAAUGGCAUUUGAAAGUGAACCUUUACCAUACAUAAAUUUAAAUGUACCUAGUACAGUUAUCUAUUUAAUUGGAAAUGUAAUUACACAAUAUUUAUGCAUAAGUUCAGUGUAUUUUUUAACUACUGAGUGUUCAUCGUUAACUGUAACUCUGGUAUUAACACUCAGAAAGUUUACCAGCUUAUUAUUCAGCAUAAUAUAUUUCAGGAAUCCAUUCACACUUUAUCAUUGGAUUGGAACUAUUUUAGUAUUUGUUGGUACAAUUAUUUUUACUGAAUUACUACAAAAAUUAUCAGCUUUAACUUCCCCAAAAAAAACCAAAACCAAUUAAAAAUUAUUGUCUAUUUCUUUUUAUAGUCAAAAUGUAGAUUUUUUAAAAGUUAAAAAAAAAUUGUAAAACAAAGUAUUUAUUUAAUUUAUAUUGUAUUUGACAAUAAUGUUAAUAAUUUACAGAAUUAAUAUUAUAAGGCUAAAUUUUAUAAGAAAUUAAAUGUGAUAUGAUAAUUA